CGUGGGCCCUCUGGCCGUGACCAUGUGGUGCUGACUGGCCCCGCAGGGCCAGAGGAGCUCUGGAAGCUGGUGUGGCAGCACGGGGCUCAUGUGCUUGUCUCUGGGUGCCCACCCGAUGCCACGGAGAAGGUGAGAGAGCAGAGGACAGAGGAAGGGAGGCUCAGGAGUUAGGGCUGAGGAUGGAGGCGGGGAGUUUGUGAUGCUGGCUGUCACCAAGGCAGGGGCAGAGAUCUCAGGAAGUUGCCUGAGCAGCCCUAACUUGGUCCCAGCCACAGGAGUUCUGGCCAACGGAGAUGCAGCCCAUUGUCACAGACAUGGUGACGGUGCACUGGGUGGCUGAGAGCAGCACAGCGGGCUGGCUCUGUACCCUCUUCAGGGUUACACAUGACAGCAGGAAGGAAAGGGAGGUGCAGAGACUGCAGUUUCCAUACCUGGAACCUGGGCGUGAGCUGCCUGCCACCAACCUGCUGCCCUUCUUGGCUGCCGUGGGCCAGUGCUGCUCUCGGGGCAACAGCAAGAAGCCGGGCACACUGCUCAGCCGCUCCAGCAAGGGUACGACCCAGCUGGGCACCUUCCUGGCCAUGGAGCAGCUGCUGCAGCAGGCAGGGUCUGAGUGCACCAUGGAUGUUUUUAACGUGACCCUGCAGUGGUCUCAGGCCUGUAGCCUUAUGACCCCAACGCUGUUGAGAGGAGCAGUAUAUCUACCUCUACAACUGUCUGAACAGCGCGCUGGCAGACGAGCUGCCCUGAGUUGGCACUAGUCACCGUGCAGUGUCAGAGCAGGAGAGGUUUGUGCCCUGCUGGAUGGGGACAGCAUUCCUGACACGUCCACGUGGGCCUGGGCUCCCUGGAAGGGCGGUCUCCACUGGGCCCUGUGCUGCGAAGG